CCCAGGACCGGCGCGCGGAGCGCCGGGGAGCCGGGAGCCGAGCCCGAGCGCCGCGAUGCCGAUCACCUCCUGCCGGAGCUCGGGGGCCUGGGACGCGCCGGCCGAAGUGUGAUUGGACUCCAGGCUGGCCACAAAGGGCACAGCAGCUUGGCCUGGGGGCUAGGAGAGCGAGGGGAGAGCGCGGCCACCCGCCUCGGCGGCCUGGGACUCGGCUCGACUCGCCGGAGAAUGCGCCCGAGGACGCCGGAGCGCCGGAGCCGCGGGGGCUUCAACUGGCUAGCGCUGAUGGGGGAGCGCUGGAGUAAAGCAGAGUGAUGCGGGGGGGCAGCUCGCCCGGCACCGAGAUCGCCGCUGCGCCCUUCCCCGGACCCGGCGUCGCCCAGGAUGGCUGCCCCGAGCCAUGGGCCGCGGCAGAGCUAGCGCGGAGCGCCCGACCCUCGCCCCCCAAGUCCCGGAGCCGGCCCCGCGCGGGGCCACGCGUCCCCCGGGCGCUGCUGGUUCCUAAGGACAACGACCGCACCAGCUUUUCCUUUCUCCCUUCCCUUCCCUGCCCCGCACUCCUCCCCCUGCUCGCUGUUGUUGUGUGUCAGCACUUGGCUGGAGACUUCUUGAACUUGCAGGGAGAAUAACUUGCGCUCCCCACUUUGCGCCGGUGCCUUUGCCCCUGCGGACGCAGCCUCGCCGCCUCCGAACCCCGCCGCCUCUCCACUCCUCCGCUGGGCCCGACCCCAAGACGCCGUUCCCUGCGUGAAGAAAGGGACUGCCCGGCCGGCACCCGGGAGGAGAAGGAGGAGGCAAAGGAAGGGAAUCCUGUCCCUGCUCCAGGUCCUUCGGCCAGAGCUUUUUCCAUGUGGAGGCUCUUUCAAUGGACGUGUCCCCGCGUGCUUCUUAGACGGUCUGCGGUCUCCUAAAGGUCGACCAUGGUGGCCGGGACCCACUGUCUUCUAGCGUUGCUGCUUCCCCAGGUCCUCCUGGGCGGCGCGGCCGGCCUCAUUCCCGAGCUGGGCCGGAGGAAGUUCGCGGCAUCGAGUGGCCGCUCCUCGUCCCAGCCCUCGGACGACGUCCUGAGCGAGUUCGAGUUGCGGUUGCUCAGCAUGUUCGGCCUGAAGCAGAGACCCACCCCCAGCAGGGACGCCGUGGUGCCCCCCUACAUGUUGGACCUGUACCGCCGGCACUCGGGCCAGCCGGGCGCGCCAGCCCCGGACCACCGGCUAGAGAGAGCAGCCAGCCUCGCCAACACGGUGCGCAGCUUCCACCACGAAGAAUCUUUGGAAGAACUGCCAGAAACGAGUGGAAAAACAACCCGGCGAUUCUUCUUUAAUUUAACUUCUAUCCCCACUGAGGAGUUUAUCACCUCAGCAGAACUUCAGGUUUUUCGGGAACAGAUGCAGGAAACUUUGGAAAACAAUAGCAGUUUCCAUCACCGAAUUAAUAUUUAUGAAAUUAUAAAACCUGCAACAGCCAACUCGAAGUUCCCUGUGACCAGACUUUUGGACACCAGGUUGGUGAACCAGAACACAAGCAGGUGGGAGAGAUUUGACGUCACCCCUGCUGUGAUGAGGUGGACUGCACAGGGACUCGCCAACCACGGAUUUGUGGUGGAAGUAGCCCACUUAGAGGAGAACCGAGGUGCCUCCAAGAGACACGUUAGGAUUAGCAGGUCUUUGCACCAGGAUGAGCACAGCUGGUCACAAAUCAGGCCAUUGCUGGUAACUUUUGGCCAUGACGGGAAAGGACAUCCUCUCCACAAAAGAGAGAAGCGUCAAGCAAAACAUAAACAGCGGAAACGCCUUAAAUCCAGCUGUAAGAGACACCCUUUGUACGUGGACUUCAGUGAUGUGGGGUGGAAUGACUGGAUCGUAGCCCCCCCAGGGUAUCAUGCCUUUUACUGCCAUGGGGAAUGCCCUUUUCCCCUGGCUGAUCACCUGAACUCCACUAAUCAUGCCAUUGUUCAGACGUUGGUCAACUCAGUUAACUCUAAGAUUCCUAAGGCGUGCUGUGUCCCAACGGAACUCAGUGCUAUCUCCAUGCUGUACCUGGAUGAAAAUGAAAAGGUUGUAUUAAAGAACUAUCAGGACAUGGUUGUGGAGGGUUGUGGGUGUCGUUAGCACAGCAAAGUAAAAUAAAUAUAUAUAUAUAUUUUAGAAAAAAGCAAAAAAAAAAGAAAAACCAAGUUGACACUUUAAUAUUUCCCAAUGAAGACUUUAUUUAUGGAAUGGAAUGGAGAAAAAAAAAACACAGCUAUUUUGAAAAUAUAUUUAUAUCUACGAAAAGAAGUUGGGAAAACAAAUAUUUUAAUCAGAGAAUUAUUCCUUAAAGAUUUUAAAAUGUAUUUAGUUGUACAUUUUAUAUGGGUUCAACCCCAGCACAUGAAGUAUAAUGGUCAGAUUUAUUUUGUAUUUAUUUACUAUUAUAACCACUUUUUAGGAAAAAUAGCUAAUUUGUAUUUAUAUGUAAUCAAAAGAAGUAUUGGGUUUGUACAUAAUUUUCCAAAAAUUGUAGUUUUUUUUCAGUUGUGUGUAUUUAAGAUGAAAAGUCUACAUGGAAGGUUACUCUGGCAAAGUGCUUAGCACAUUUGCUUUUUUGCAGUGCUACUGUUAAGGUCACAAGUUCAAGUCCAGAAAAAAAAUGGAUAAUCCACUCUGCUGACUUUCAAGAUUAUUAUAUUAUUCAAUUCUCAGGAAUGUUGCAGAGUGGUUGUCCAGUCCAUGAGAACUUACGUCCUUAUUAGGUGAUAUAUUUGGAUAAGAACCAGACAUUGCUAAUCUACUAUAGAAACCCUCCCCCCACUCCUUAAUUGCAGAAAGAAUAAAGCAGGACCAAUAGAAAUAAUUAGGAAAAUGACGAACCUGCAGGAAAGUGAAUGAUGGUUUGUUGUUCUUCUUUCCUAAACUCUAGUGAUCCCUUCAAAGGGACUGGUCUGGCCAAAGUAUUAAAUAAAACAUAAGAUUUCUUCAUUAUUGAUAUUGUGGUCAUGUAUAUUUAAAAUUGAGAUCUAGUGGCCCUCAUGAGGAGUUGGAAAUUGAUUUGUAUUUAACUUUUACCUCAUCUGGGAGCUCUUUAUGCUCAGAAGGACCUAAUUUUCUAACUUUGCCCAACACAAAGCAAAAUUGUGCCCAUCACAUUUUCUGCCCACCCCCUGUUCUCUGUUUGAUCAGCUUGCUUUUCUUUCCGAGGCUGUGUGUUUGAACACAUUUCUCCAAAUGUUAAACCUAUUUCAGAUAAUAAAUAUCAAAGCUCUGGCAUUUCAUUCUAUAAAAUCCAACCUAUAAGAGAAAAUGGUGCAUUUGUACAGCGUUCACAAUGAUUACCUUGUGUUUGCAUUUUCGCUUCUGAAGUUAUUUUGGAGGGAGGUGGGGAAAAGGCAAGGAGUGGUUGGAAAUUUGCAGGCAAGUCAUUUGGUAAUUCAUUGGAAUUACCAAUGAUUUAGUAUUUCAUGUGAACCUCUUUGGGCCACAAAGAUUUAAGAGAAACCAAAGCUACAAAACAAGCAAAACCUGGAGAACUCAAGAUAAAGUUUCAGAGAUGAUAUCCCAUGCAACAGAGGCCACGGUGCCAAAAAAUUAGAAAGGGAGAGUGUCUGAGAUCAGCUUCUCCAAGGACGUCUGCCAGUUGGACUGAUGCCCAAGCACCGUGAAGUCGAAAUAGGCCGCUCAGAAUGAACACUUAGUGGCAGGGCUUCUGGGCUCUAGGUUGAAAUCAGACCCAAAGAAGGGUUUGGGGGGUAGGUUUGGACAACCAGGGAACCCACAACUCCUUACUAUUUUACUGGAAGUAUUUUAGGUCAAUUUCUAGGACUUUGUGUCACCUCUGACCCUGCUAUGAUUGGUGAGGCCUAGUUCUAAUCUCCUUUCCUAGCCCGGCCUUGGAAUUGGCGGAAAAAAUAUUGUGUUAGUAAAGGAACAGACUGUUGUAAUUCCUGGGCUAGAUUCUGCCCAGGAAUUAACGGGAUGACCAUGAACGUAGUUAGAUUUUGGGUGUGAUAGGUUUAACCCUUGCCUCGAGAUUAUGUAAAUCAUAUUUUUAAAUUGAUACUAGUUAUCUUUUACUCCUUCCACUUCUGAAAUCUUUCUUUAGUAUCUUUUUAUUCCUAUCCCUAUUGCUCUGACAUAGGUGAGAAUCAUUAGUAUUAGACCCAAGUUUGGAGGGCAAAAUCGUGUAUCCUCCAGCCAUUCUUCACCCUCUUGCCAUGGAUAUGACAGCAGGCUACA